UCUUUAGAAUUCCGUCUCAGCCCACAUCAUUGCUCUGCAACUCAGAACAGCAACUUCUGAGACCACCUUGAGAACAGGAUGAUCCUGAACAGAGCCCUGAUUCUGGGGGCCCUCGCCCUGACCACCAUGAUGAGUCCCUCUGGGAGUGAAGACAUCGUAGCUGACCACAUUGGCGCCUAUGGCAUAAACGUCUACCACUCAUAUGGUCCCUCUGGCUACUAUACCCAUGAAUUUGAUGGAGAUGAAGAGUUCUACGUGGACCUGGAAAAGAAGGAAACUGUCUGGCGUCUGCCUGUGUUCAGUAAAUUUGAAGGUUUUGACCCUCAGGGUGCACUGAGAAACAUAGCUCUGAUGAAAAAUGUUUUGAAGAUCUUGAUUCAAAGGUCCAACUCUACUGCUGCUACCAACAAGGUUCCUGAGGUGACUGUGUUUUCCAAGUCUCCCAUGAUGCUGGGUCAGCCCAACACCCUCAUCUGUCAUGUGGACAACAUCUUUCCUCCUGUGAUCAACAUUACAUGGCUGAAGAACAGGCACUUGGUCACAGAGGGUGUUUCUGAGACCAGCUUCCUCUCCAAGGACGAUCAUUCCUUCUCCAAGAUCAGUUACCUCACCUUCCUCCCUUCUGAUGAUGAUGUUUAUGACUGCAAAGUAGAACACUGGGGCCUGGAUAAGCCACUGCUAAAACACUGGGAACCUGAGAUUCCAGCCUCUAUGUCAGAACUAACAGAGACUGUGGUCUGUGCCCUGGGGUUGACUGUGGGCCUCGUGGGCAUCGUGGUGGGCACCGUCCUCAUCUUCCGAGGUCUGCGCUCAGGUGGCCCCUCUAGACACCAGGGGCCAUUGUGAGUCACACUCCAGAAAGAAGGUGCACUGUCCAUCUUUGAGAACAGAAAAAAUGGACUUGCUAGAUGACCUAGAACUAUUUUCUGGCCAGUCCAUCAUGUACCUUCUCUCCUCCUACCCUCCUCCUCAUACUUCUUCUCUGGGACUUAAGGUGCUGUAUCAUCUCUGAGCUCACAUACAUUUGGGAUUCUCCCCUGACCUUCCAGUUUUUUCUUUUCUCAAUUGUUAAUGAUUAUGGGAUCCCUGAGAUAUCCCACCCAGCUACCUAAUCCACCAAUGACCUUAAGCUAAUAUAUCCAUGGAAGAAAUAAAUGCCUUUAUGAGGUCUUUACUGAUUUUUUCCCAUCUUUCAUCUCAGGGCUGAUUAGAACCAUGGCCUCUUCUACUUCAGGCCCUUUGAACCUCAUUUCCCAGAUUAUAUUUCAUGCCCAGUAACACAGGAGCAGCUUGUAGAGACUGAUAAUAUUUUGGUAUCUUAGCUGGAGUUAAUAUUUCUGUCUUCCUUUUUUUUCCAUCCUUAGCCACUGCCACACACCCGCAAAUUCAGACAUCAGUGAAGCUUAUAUAUAUUCUCUGCCUUUGGUGCAGAUUUGUUAAAACAAAAAUACAAAAGCCAAGACAUAAAGUGAUACUUAUUUUAAUAUCACUUUUUAAAUUUUGACAGAAAAAUAAGUUGGGGAAAAGGAAUUUUGAAUCUCUAAAGUACCAGGAACUUAGUUUUAGUACCAAGAAAUUAGUUUUCAGAACUUUUAAUUCUUAAAGAAUUAGUGGUGAUAAGAAAAACUUUCUUCUCCCCCUCUCACACUUGAAGAGAUAAGAAUUAUCUAGGUGGGAAAAGAAAUAUGUUUGUUAGGAAAACAUUAGAAUAAGACAAUAAAACAGGUAUCUGAGAAGGACCAAAUACUUUGUCUUUAUUUAGAGUUAGAAACAAUGGGAAAAUGGAUGGAUGUAGAAACCACAGACAUAUUUAAGAACACAGCUAUAGUUUGCUUCAUGUCUUACUUGAAUCCCUGCCAGAAAACCAUGUAGACUUUUCCUGACAUGGAAUGUGUGGAACAAUAGAGUGAAUAUGGCUCCAGGUUGCUCCUAAGCAGAUGAGCUUAAGUCAGGCUCACUGAAUCUCUGUGCAUCCCUGUUUGCCCUCGAGAUAAUCCACCAGUAUCCUCAGCUCCUGCCCCUCACCCCUCCUGGCAAAGGAAACCAUAAGCUUACAAGAGAGAAAUCUCUGGAGGAACAGCAUAGAUGAGAUAAUGUGGCUGCAGCUAUGGGUGCCAUAUCCUCCUCUAGACUCACUGUCUCCUAGUGGAAGUCCCUGUAGUGGGGAUGGAUCAACAGAUGAGAUUCUCUGGCUCUCCUCAGUGUGUUGAAGGCCUCACUUGGGAAUGUGUGUGACUUGACUUGGAGUCAUUUUGCCCUUCAAAAUUACAGGUUCAUUGCCUCAGUCUUUCCACUCUGCAAUUACUAAGUCCAUACAUUGCAUUGCAGAUUAUUUUAUGGAGCAACUAUGAAAUGUAUGAAACUGUCCUUGGCCAGGCCAACUGCAUCAGUGAGCUUAAAAUAUGAUUGGAACACAAAUCCAUUCCCUGAGAGAAUGUGUCUUCAUUCUUUCCCUACAAAUAAGUGCAUCAUAUCAUUUUUCUCGAUUCCAUAUGUAUGUGUUAAUGUACUAUAUUUGUUUUUCUCUUCCUGACUUACCUUGCAAAGAUUUUUUUUUAAAUAUAUUUAUAUAAAAAAUAGAAAAAAUGUGUCUGGGAAAAAAGACACAAUAUGAACACAGCAACUGAUAGAGUAGAUUUUGGUGCAAAGAAACCUAAAUCCAAAUACAGGACUCAGCACUUUAUAGCUAGGAUUUUAAAUUAUAACAUUAGACAAAGUAUCUAGCAUUUCUGAAUCUUAUUUUCCAAUUCAUAAAGUUAGAGUGGCAAUACUUUCUUUGCAGAGUUAUUGACAGAAUUUGAAUAAUCUCUCGUUAUAUAGAAAGUACUUUAUACAUAGUAUAGAAAUACAUAAGAAAACAUUGCUAGUUAUAUCCAUAUUUUAUUUAAAUGAAUAGGUUAUAUGAAAAUUGUUUUUCUGAGUCCUUUAAUGAUUUAGGAGGUUCAAACUUGGAGCUAUAGAUUAAUUUCUUUUCAUAUGUUGUUGGAGAAUUUUUUUUCCUCUCCAAAAUGAGCGGAGGUGGGACUGGGUUAGGCUUAGAGAAUAGACAUGGUAUAGGGCUUAGUGACACAUCACUGACAAAGGGGUUGCUGAGAGAACUCAGGGCAAGUUGUAAUAUUUGAUUUUGUGUUUUUACUCUCUAAUAAAAGAUAUGUCUCCUCCUUA